UUCAGAUGGGAGAUGCCAAAUAUUAAACAAGUGUCAUAUACUGAUAACUCAAAAUAAGCACGUCCUUGGAUUUCUCUCGUUUGUUUUUGGGUUGCUGUUGUGUUUGCUCAUCUCUCACUUCCAAACAGAACUUUGUUCUGUCUAAACACCAGGACCCUCUUAUGCCACAGUUUAAAUAAUGUCUGAGGUGAAGGUGAAGUGACGCCGACCCUGUUUGCUUGUUUCCUCACAGUUUGCCAGCAUCUGGCUCAGCAGAGGCAAAAUGGAAAACGGACAAUGAAGAGCUGUCCAAGGAAAUCAAACUUUGGCCUGUGCACGGACGACGACUGGACAUCAAAAUGCCCCUCCGGCUGCAGACUUCAGGGCUUGAUCUCUAACAUGGAGGAAAAGUCUGAGACCAAGCUGAGGAAAGCCUGUCAGACUGGCCAAGUUUUGGAGGAAGCUCUUGAAAGACUGGAGUCCGUGAUUCACCUCAUGUACGACAAGGCCCGCAGAGCCCUGGACAGCAGACGUGAGUCAGAGUUGAAGUUCUCGGAACUUUCAGGAGAACUUAGCCAAAAUCUCACCGUGCUCAGGCAAAAAUCUGCCAGACUGGAGCAUCAUCUGGAGACCCUCCGUGGGCGAGCUAGGGAACAGAUUGAGGAGCUUUACAGGAUCGAGGUGGACGUUGACAUGAAGCUGCGAGCGUGCGGUGGAUCCUGCCAGUCGCCUGGUUCCUUCCGUGUGGACCAUGCCAGCUUUCAGAGUCUUGCACAGCCUUUGGACACGGCUGUUAGUGACACUGGGGCAGCCUAUAAAGGUGUCCCACAUCUUAAGCUACAACCCACUGUGACGGCUGAGCCGGGAUCAGCUGAACAUGAAGUCAUGUUGCCAUUUCAAAGACUCAAGGUCUUCAGUCAUUUUAAGAUCAUCGUUCCCAACAGGUUAGUUCUGUCGGAGUCAGGACAAGUUGAGCAGAUCAAUAAUGAAGAGUCGGAAUAAAAGCAAGAAAAGACCUGUGAAAUGGAAAUAUUGUAUUUAUUCUUUGUAUUUCGAAACUCUUGUUCACUGUAUUGAAUGGCUGCAUGUAUUGGAAAUAAAUUUGUUGGAACUGCUCACUCAGAGAAAAGACGCUGACAAAACAGAGAAAUGGACAAUCAUGACAAUGUAAAGACUAAGAUGCUCGAAAAAAUUUCAUGUCCAAGUGUGUUUCAUAUAAUUGACCUCAUUGUGCUAAUGCUAAUGCAUUGUUCAGUGGAGACGCGGAUGACUGGAAUAAAGCUGAAUAAAAUAAGGGCAUAAUAUGAGCCUUGCGUAACACCCAGUUCUUUAUUGU